AUGAGCUCACGACGCCCAGACUACCAGUCAAAAUUCUCGUCAAAGGGAGCAUUUGACACGCUCACUGUCGAGGAUUUGCCUAGUGAGGAAGAGGAAGAUGCCCCCGUCAUAGUCGAGCCAGAAGCUCCAGCUCCUCCAGAGCCAGCUCCCGUCGUGGAGACACCGAAACCUCUGACGAAAGCACAACAAAAGAAGGCCGCAAAGGCCAGCAAACGCGAGCAGCAAAAGGUCCCAUCGCCUAUUGUCACCAAGGAUCCUCUUCCUGCUCCUGAAAGGACGAGUCCGACACGUGAAAACUCGUUGGGAGCUGGUCCCAGUACACCUUUACCGCAGCCGAUACCGCUACGGGCACGUUCGCGUUCUCCACCUGGGAGCAUAAGCAUUCCAGCAGAGCCAGCAUUCACACCAAACCUCCCAAAUGAUCUGCCCCACCCUUCUCAAAAAUUGGUCCGCAAACGCAAGGCGUCUACAGACUUGUCUGCCGCCAAUUCCAAAGAAUCCAAAGUAGAGAUUGAAGUCGAGAACGUGGAUAGUCAUGAGAAAGUAACGAGCAUUCCGGUCACCGUGGACGUGUCCAGCUCAGCUCCGGCCGGCAUCACCCCUGAAGGACUGAAGAAGCGCAAGGAUACAGGGAACAGGAUUAUGAGUGGCCUAGUCCUCAUCGGCGGUUUCCUUGGUCUGCUACUCGCAGGUCAUAUCUACAUGAUCAUGCUCGUCGUUGUCAUUCAAUCACUCGUCUUUCGCGAGAUCACGCAGCUCUUCCAGGGCAUCCGCGAUCCAUGGAGCAAGACGCUUAAUUGGUACUUCUUUGCCAUUGCAAACUAUUACUUUUACGGAGAAACUAUCAUCUACUACCUCAAGCAUGUGCUAUUUUCAGAAGCCGUUUUCCACCCUUUUGCUGCGAACCAUCGAUUCAUUAGCUUUAUGCUCUAUGUAUUUGGCUUCAUGGGAUUUGUCGCCUCCCUCAAAAAGAAUUACCUCCAACGACAAUUCUCGCUCUUUGGAUGGGUUCACAUGACGCUGUUGGUCGUCGUUGUGUCCAGUCACUUUAUCGUCGACAAUAUCCUCGAGGGUAUGAUCUGGUUCUGGUUACCAGCGUCACUUGUCAUUUGCAACGACAUCUUUGCAUGGUUCUGGGGUGUCACGCUCGGUCGUACCCAGCUCUUUGCACUCUCUCCUAAGAAGACUGUCGAGGGGUUUGUCGGUGCCUUCUUUAGCACGCUCAUCUUUGGUUUCUUCUGGGCUAGCUUCUUCAUGCGAUACGAUUACAUGAUUUGCCCUGUCAAGGAUCUCGGUGCCUCCGCAUUUAGCGGACUCACCUGCAAACCCAACCCGGUGUUCGUGUGGAGAGAUUUCAAACUGACUCAACCAGCCGUUGCGAUUGCGUCAUUCUUGGCAGGACGAACAGUGACGACGAUUCCCUGGGCACCCUUCCAGUUCCAUGCACUCAUGAUGGCUACAUUCGCCUCGCUCGUCGCACCGUUUGGCGGCUUCUUCGCCUCUGGCUUCAAGCGCGCGUUCAACAUCAAAGACUUUGGACACAGCAUUCCUGGACAUGGCGGAAUGACCGACCGGAUGGACUGCCAGUUCCUGAUGGGCAUGUUCUCUUACGUCUACUACUCGAACCUCAUCCGCGUCAACGAAAUUACGGUCGCGAGCGUCAUGCAGGCCAUCGUCAAUGGGCUCUCGCGUGAUGAGCAGAUGCAGCUGCUCGGAGAGCUGAAGCGUCUGAUUGGCUCGUCGGCUGGUACCUCGUAA